CAUUGUCAUUUCUACGACAUACGUAAAUGUAUUGUAGAUUAUUUGUGAAUUGUGAUUUUUAUUUUGAUGUGUCGAUACUUUUAUUGAAACAAAUCGUUUAAAAGUACAGUUACUUGUUUUAGUGAAAAUCAAAAUCGGUAUUUUGUUAUUUGACUGACUUUAACGUCAAAAUGUUAAGAUUUCGAAAUAAAAUGGGAACGGAGCGCAGUAAGGAAUGGCGCUGUUGCGGGUGCUUGCAUGUUCGGACUGGGACCAUUCUCCUUGGGUCUUGGCAUUUGGUGCUUCAUCUAAUAGCUCUGGGAUUCUUGGCUGCUGUUGUCAGGGAUCCAGCUUUGAUGGAAGACUUUGAACAGGAGCAAGAGACUUUUGUGGAUUGGCAUGAUGUUGGUUCAGCAUUACCCACACCCCUGUCUAAUGUGGAAGCACCCCCUAGCCCAUAUCCACAAUAUGCUGUUAAACCAAGAGACCACAGCUAUAUAUACCAUGACGUAGAUGUUGGUGCUCUAGUUACAGUGUGCACUCUGGCUAUCACUCUGAUGUUAAUAUAUGGCGCAGCACGGGGAAAGCCUGCCCAUAUUCUACCUUUCUUCUGUCUUCAAAUCUUCGAUUUUGCCAUCACGGUAUUGACCGGUAUGGGGUAUCUAUGCUACGUGCGAUCGAUCCACCGCCUAGUGAAGGACGCCCGCCGCGUGCCCUGGCGGAACGAGUUGCUAUCACUGCCCGCCCCUGCUCUGGCUUUCCUCAUACUUUGCGCUUUCCUUUUCGCUAUUCUUCAGAAGGCGUACUUCAUCAACAUGGUGUGGCGCUGCUACAAGUACCUCACGAUGCGCUCCCACGCGCUCACCAGCCUCACGCCCUUCGUGAUAUCCAGCGAGGGCUCCGUGAGCCCCAUCACCCCCUACAGCCGCGCCCCCCUGCCCGUGCCGCAGUACUCCAGCCUGCUGCCCGACUACGAGGAGGCUGUCAAGCAGACCCCACCCCCUUCGUAUCGUGCGGCUACGCUUAUGGCCGCUAACCCUGUGCCUGUGCCCGCCAACCAAACGAACAAGGAAGGAACCGAAGCUCAAGCAGAGGGACAAAACGCCCCCACAAACACUAUGGUGGUCCUCCCGCAACAGGGCUCACAGGCUACCGUCUAAACAUUACCAUUAACUUCUAAGUCUUCAUUAACUUAUUUUUUUUAUGUAAUUUUGUUAAUAUGGUUCUGGAUAACGUUAGCUUUGUUUAGGGGCAGGAGACCCAUAUUCUCUGCUGUCUGAGAAGCGUACACUUAUCUUAAAUUGUGUUCUAUUUGAAUUUGAAUUUUGAUAUUCAUGAAUGCGCGUCUUUUAUUAUCUGCUUAUUAGCCGCCAUCUACAUAAACAAAAAUAUAAAAAUGAUCUUUUAUUUCUUGUUUUAUCUGUUGCCAUAAUUUUUUUUAUGACGUGUAUAUUUUAUUAUCUUGUUUUUUUAUUAUAUUGUAUGACGUAUAUGAUAUUUUACCGUUUGUGUGUCAUAUAUUAAUCAUAUUUUGUUAUCAUGAAUUUUCUUUGGGUCCAAAUAUACCAGUAUUGGCCAGUUAAACAAUUUCUUAUCUUUUUUUUUCUUCCUAUGCGAUGUCAUUUCACGGAACAAUAACAUAUAAACAUAAUCAUGAUAUAUAUAAUUACGUGUCACGUUGUUUGUCCGCGAUGGACUAUUAAACAACUUAACGUUCGUUCCAACUUAAAACAUAGGAUAGUUUAUACUAUUUCAAUUAUGAUAAAUGACUACCCGGGCGGAGCCGGGACAUACAGCUAGCAGAUUUAUAGAUAGCGUUAUGUCGUAGAAAUGCUAAAAGUAACGAAUUCUCGUUAUCUCUUUUAUUUCAUUUUUAUUGCAUUAUUAGCAUUAAAUCUUAAGCAAUACAUACUAGAAAUUUUAUUCUUAAAUGAAAUAAAGCUAGUAUUUAAAUACAACAUUUUGUUUUGUUAAUCUAUGUGUAUUUUCUAUUCUUUUCAAAUGAUUCAAAUAUCUACAACAAGUGAAAUCGUAUUUUCAAUAUUAUUAAACAUCUAAAGUGCAAUUGCAAUCUUAUUAAUUAUUCUUUAAUUACGCUAAUUACAUCGACUUUAAAUAUAAUAAGAGCAGCUACGUACGGUCUGCGCCACCUAUUUCGCACAAUGUAAUUUAAUUUCAAUUAUUGUGUACUUUGGGUAAUAUUUUCUUAUUUACAGGAGAUGAAUUCAUAUUAUUCAAAAGAAUUGUCAGUAAUAAACAAGAUAAAAAAUUGUAGAGCUCGGGGACCGUCCAUUUUGAAAGAUCAUAAAGUUGUGUCAAUUGAAUGUUAUAUAAAAGCAUUAUACAUUAUUAAAUAUGAAAGAGUUCUUUUAAUUUACUCGAAUAUCUAAAUAAUAGAUAAUUUUAUAUUUAAAAACCUGCUAUUCAAAUGAACUAACCCAGUUUAUUAUUAUUAUUAUUUGAUCUGUUUUUCUCGUGUCAAAGUUUAUAAUGUGUAUUAGCUAAGUUCUCAUAGGCUCUCAUAGUUCUACUACGGCCUAUCCUUAAAGUAAGAUAACGUGUCAUGUGAAAUAAAGGAUAACUGAAAAAUAACAAUUGUAGGUACUUAGCCUAUCUCGGAUAAUAUAUGAAAUAUCCAAUGUGUUGCACUUAGAUAAAUACUGUAUUUUAUUAUUAUUUUGUUGUAUAGUAGUAUAUCACGAUAAGGCACUUAACAAUUCAUGUGUGUAAGAUAAAAACUUGAAAAUAAAUGUUGACAAUGCAUA